AUGACGUCAAACGUCGGCGACUCCGAGUCCGAUGAAGAGCUUUGUGCAAAUCACUCUACGUACAGCUAUUACACUCCACAGGGAGUGAUAAUGGGAUGGGAUGGGCUGCCCGUCUACACUCAUGUCAACGAUUACAUUGAUGCCUGGAUUGCUGCAUCGAUGAUUUUGGUUUAUCUCCGUUUUCGUUCCAUUCAUGUACGCAAAAGUCGACCGCUUCGGUCUGCCACAAGCCGUUUUUCUUGUGCUCUUUCCCGUGGUCAUCUGGUUGUCUCAAAUCGACUCAAUCACAUCCCACAAAACGUCGUUCCGACAUUCGACUCUCCAUCAUGUCUUAUCGUCAUUGCCUUCAAUCUACCAUCAAAAGGAGCCCGACUUGGUGUGGUGACGAGCAGCGGGAGCACGCAU